ACGUUAUCCAUAUUAGCGUACUUUAAAACAAAACUUAAUUUUAACGAUUAAUACGUGUAUUGUUGAACUUUGAUGGCAACAGACGACAAUACGAUCAGUGGAAUAAAUGACAAGUUUAGGGAGAUUUUGUUUAAAAUUAUUCGCAGGUAAUUGUUCCAUUCUACUCCGGUGUUUGCGUCCUGUAUUGCCGCUCUGGAGGGAUUCCCCAUCUGCUUACUGUAGGCUACUAAAUGCAGCCUACCCGAUAAGCUUCAAAGAAAUGGAACACGGUCGCUUCGCGCGUAUCCCUUCUUUGAGAGAUGAUGUUACGCAGAAGCCCCUCCCGCCCAGGCAAAUCAAGAUAGAUAUUUAAGAGUAGGACACCCCAAAACGUUUCUGAAAACUGUUAGACUGAUUUCAUCAAAGGAACUCCCAUGGUCAAAGAUAUGAAUGUAGAGGAGGACAGCAACCUGUCUGUCAGUUGCGGCAACGGGAAGCUUAGACAGUGGCUGAUCGAUCAGAUUGACAGCAACGGGUACCCCGGAUUGGUUUGGGAGAAUGACGAAAAAACCAUUUUCAGGAUUCCCUGGAAACAUGCGGGAAAACAAGACUACAAUCGAGAUGAGGAUGCCGCGCUCUUCAAGGCUUGGGCACUUUUCAAGGGUAAAUACAGGGAAGGGGUAGACAAACCAGAUCCUCCUACGUGGAAGACAAGACUAAGGUGUGCCCUCAACAAAAGUAAUGACUUUGACGAGCUGGUGGACAAGAGCCAACUGGAUAUUUCAGACCCCUACAAGGUUUACAGAAUCAUUCCUGAGGGAGCAAAAAGAGGGAUGAAAAUGGGCAAUGUGGAGGAUUCAAUGUCACACACAAACUCUUUAAGCUACACGCUUCCUCCAUACGCCUCUCCGCAGAACCAGGUACCCGGCUACAUGCCCUUCCAGGACAGGAAGGACUGGAGAGAGUACCCCCCCGAGCAUCCUCCCCUUCCUCCCCCCCCUCCUCCUCCCCCCCCCCCCCCUCCUCCCCACCAGCCCUCGCACGGAGAGCUUCAGUUCGGCCAGUGCCACUACCCUCCUCUAGGCAGACCCUGGCCCUCUGACAAUGGGUACCAGAUCACAGGCUCCUUCUACUCCUACACCCCCACUGAGUCCCACGCCACAUCGUACACCGUGGAGCACAGCAAUGCCAUUUCUGACUGCGGCCUGCAUGUGUCUCUGUUCUACCGCGAGUUCCUGGUGAAGGAGGUCACCACCACCAGCCCUGGCGGCUGCCGCAUCACCUCCUCCCCCCCCUCCACCAACUCCUCCUCCUCUUCCAGCCCCUCCUCCCCCUCGUCCCCCCUACCCGGGGCAGAGGAGCGGCCGGGCGGCGCCGAGACCAUCCUCUUCCCCUCGCCCUACCCCCAGUCCCAGCGCAGGGGGGCGGACAAGCUGACCAACGUGCUGGAGCGCGGCGUGCUGCUGUGGAUGGCGGCCGACGGGCUGUACGGCAGGCGGCUGUGCCAGGGUCGCGUGUACUGGGAGGGCCCGCUGGCCCCGCACACAGACAAGCCCAACAAGCUGGAGAAGGAGCAGACCUGCAAGCUGUUUGACACGCAGCUGUUCCUCAACGAGCUCCAGGGCUAUAUUCACCACGGUCGUCCCAUGCCCAGACACCAGGUGGUGCUGUGUUUCGGAGACGAGUACCCAGACCCCCAGCGCCAGAGGAAGAUGAUCACAGCUCAGGUGGAGCCCAUGUUUGCCAAGAAGCUGGUGUACUACUCCCAGCAGAGUAGCGGGGCGUACCUGCGGGGCUAUGAUCUCCAGAGCCAGGAGCCCUCUCCUCCAGGGGACUACCAGAGGAACCUGCAACACAGCCUGGACUUAUGACCACACACACACACCUUUACACACCUUCACACACCCACACACACACCAUGGUCUGUGUUGGGUAUGACAUGUAUGUCGGCUAAUUCGCCAAUGUGGCUAAACAACUAUUGCGGAGCAUUAGCUUGAUAGAUGGAUCAGAGCACAGAUGGUUAUGUACAGAUUUGUAUUUCCGAUAUUUUGUAACUUCUUUUUCUUUUAUUUGAAUAAAGAUAUAUAAUAUUUUGCUUUUAAAA